CUCUCGCUCUCCUCUGCUCCGCGCUCGGGAUCUAGGACGUGCUCUCUGAGUCUCUUCGUUCGUGUCACGUAGAAUAACACGCCUGGCGGGAGAGUAAACUUUCUUUCGUGAGGAUGUUCAGCAUUGGCUUGCUCGCUGCUGUUACCACCAGCCUUGUCGCGUCUGGUUCGGUCUACGCGCAAAACAGUUCAUCUGAGCUGCCCAAUUCGUUUCCGCAUGAUUAUCCUGGUAAACCUGCGGGCGACUUUAGCCCUGAGUGGCAAGACUAUUUCCUCGUGAAAGACCCACUCCCGAACGUAACGUUCCCUCUAAACCGCAACUUUGCUGGGAACAUCGGCGUAAACCGGCCGAACCAUCCAAACGACACGCUGUUUUUCUGGGCGUUCGAGACUCAGAAUGGUUCGCUUACUGCGGAGAGUUCGGAAAAGCCGUGGGCUAUUUGGUUGAACGGAGGUCCAGGCGCGUCGAGUUUGCUUGGUCUCCUGGAGGAGAAUGGGCCGUUACUUAUUACAGAAUCCGGUGGGUUUACGUCGAACGAGUUCAGUUGGGAAAAGAUCGUCGAUUACAUCUGGGUCGACCAGCCUGUUGGAACCGGAUUUGCUACAGCGGAUAGCACGGGUUACAUCGUUGAUGAAGACCAGAUGGGUGAAGAUUUCCUUGGCUUCCUUUCGAACCUUGUCAAGGUUUUCCCGAGCCUUGCUACUCGGCCUCUUCUCUUGACUGGUGAAAGUUAUGCCGGAACUUACAUCCCGUACAUCAUGAAGGCUAUUUUCUCCACAGAGAACCCACCUGUCAACCUCGUGAAGGCUGCGAUUGGGAAUGGGGCUAUUGGGAGUAUCACUGAGACGCAGCAGGUUACUGCUGUGGCGAUUAUUGAGACCUACCCUCAGUUGAUUGGCUAUGACCCAGAGGUAUAUGACUACUUUGUAGAACAAUCCCACCUCUGCGGAUUCGACCUAAACCUCACAUACCCUCAAACAGGCGGACAUUUCCCCUCAAUCAACCUCAACUUCACAACCGGUUUCCCGCUCGAUUUCAACGACACAUCCUCCAACUCGUCCAUUUCACCCAUACCCUUGCCAAACAGGCUUCACCAAUCCUCCAUUCUCGCACAUUCGAUGUUAUCUAAACUCGCAUCAGACGAGGCAUUGCUCGAACCUCGUUCUCCAGGGUACACAGGAAAACUCAGCACACGUGUUUUGCGCGAGCGAGAGGAGAAGAGGGCUGCGUGGAAGACGGUACUUGAAGAGAAGAAGAGGAGUCGAGAUUGGCAGAAGGAGAGGAUGAUGAUGACGAAGACGAAGAGGGAUUUGAGUGGACGUGCGAAUGGGACUAUCGAUCCGUGGUAUGCUUGCUUCGUUUCGCAGGAGGUACAGGAUUAUGCGUUGAAUUUCUCGUUGCCGUGGAGUAAUGCGGCGCCUGAAGUUGUGGACCCUGUGACGAACGCUUUCUCGCCGUUCAACCCAUACAAUCUCCCGGACGCAAGGAAACCAGAACCGAACAUCGACCCGACGACUUUCCUCAAUGACGAUGUGACACGCGCAGCGAUCCACGCACCGACAAGCAAGAACUGGUCGUUGAUUACGAAUUAUCCGUUUAAUAAUACUUUGGACUUCCCACCUGAUAUUAUCAGCCCAUUCGGUGAUCCAAGUGUUCCACCGUCAGCAUUCUUCGGUGAAUUGUUAGCGAACGCUUCCGCUGCCAACGUCCCCGUUGUGAUCUACAACGGGAACGAUGACUCGGUCGUUCAUCACUUUACCAACGAAAUUGUAAUUCAGAACACAACGUUCGGCGGUAUCCAAGGCUUCACGAAGCGGCCGCAAACGCCAUUCACAGACGCAGAUGGGAAUGUCUUGGGACUCGUACACCAAGAACGCGGGUUGACGUACGUCAUUGUCGAACACUCGGGACACGAGGUACCAGAGUUCAACCCCAAGGCUGCCCUCGUCCUGUUCAACGAAUUCAUCCUCGGCUCGAACAAGACCGGCACCGUACAAGAAGAUGGAAGCGUAGUCGGCGGUGAGGAUACCUCUAUACUCGUCGGCGACACAGGAGCCAUCCCCGGACAAAUCAGCAUACUAUUUGGAAGUGGAGACGCAACGAGUUUGUAUGUUGCACCUGAAGAGACGAGGGCUGCGUGGGAUAGUUUCUUGUCUUCCGUAGCAGCUGCACGAACGACGGGAGAAGAGUCGGGGAGUACGACUUAUAUAACGCCAACGGGAACGGAGACAACGACGAGUGUUUCGGAGAGUUUUACUCCGACGCCGACGACUACGGAAUCGAUUACGGGUUCUGUGACGACUUUUGCUGAGAGCUCGACGACUUCUUCGAGUGCUUAGCUUAGCUUGGAUUGGAUUGGAUUGAAUCUUGAGGUAAUUAAUGUUUUUGAUGGAACGAGAUGAAGUGAUGAAGAUCUAGGUGCAGGGUGUUGCAUAUAUCUAAUCCUUUUCCUAGUACUUAUGGUGUUAGAAGAGGAGACGAGACGAGACGAGACGAUUUUAUUAUGCUCUGUUUAUUACAGUAGUAGUUUAUUCGUCUUUAUACGAUGCAAGGACAGUUCUUGAUUAUUUGUUUACUUGAUUUGUGAAGGAUAGUGAGAGGUAGCUUGUUUCUACGUGAUUGUGUGUUUAACAUUGUUGAGUGGGGAUUGUUCGAUCCGACAGAGUCCAUUGCGCAAAGACUACAGCAUAGCAGUUUGAUGCUAGAGUAUACGCUUGAGCUAAGAUUGAUACUGGCAUAUUCCAGAGCAAAUUUCAGAGCAAAAAUUGAGCAGGGAUUAACGAUUAAACGACGUGUAAAAAAAUCUAGUCGAACCACAAUGCGAGCGAACGAUAUUCAAAACCAAAACCAUCUAAUCACACCUCCCAUCGCUCGGUCCAUCCUUCCACCUCUCAUCAAGCUUUUCAAUCGCACAGUCAAAUGAUGGCUUCCCAAGUCGUUCGUUCACCCGAUUAUGCUGUUCACAUAACCAGCGACUUAGGCCUUCUCUCCCAGAUACGUCAGGUGGACUCCGUUUAAUCUCCUCUCCGAGGUGCGAGGCGCAGUGCGUGCAGGGGUAGAGAACGGGUAAAGAGAGGAGGAGGGAGAGCAUGCGAGUGCGUUGAGUUGGUGUGGGUGAGGUGGGGUAGUAGGCUGCUGUUGUGUGUAGGAAGGUCCAUGUCGCGCGGCCGAGUUGUUCGACAUCCGGAGGACAGCCUUCAGGUGGUUCGUUCGGUCGAGGCGUAUUGGUAUUUGUCGUGAUGUUUGGACCAUAAGCGAGUGCACCCAUUGUACCUGCUACACCUGCAAAGGGCGAGAAGGAUGCUUUGGUCGAUUCGUUCGAGGACGGGGAAGCCGUUUUUGUUUUCGUCGGCUUCCAGUAGCGGAACGCAGUACAGAUCUUGCAGGGUUUGCCAUCUGGGCCGAUAACAACACCCGGAGGUAACUUUUGAGGAUUUUGAGUGUCCUGAG